AUGGGCAAGUCCACUGCAGGUAGCUGUCAUGCACCUGGCGUCGAGUCCAAGUGCCACUCCAAGGUCAUGAAUGCCAUGUUGGCCGGUUUUGAGAAGCGCCCAGAUGACUUUCCUGGUCUCAACACACGGUCGAACUACCGCGACUUCCAGGCCUUCUUCUGGAACAACGGCAUGCACAAAUGUCCACGCCCAUGUAUGGCCCAAGAAGAGCCCUGUGUCCCCUUCGAUGAAGCGUAUCCGUGCCGAAAUGACGUGGCAUGGGCUGCCGAGCAUGGGCUCGAGGAGAAUCCUGAAUGGUAUCCCGAGCUUCGCCAAGGUGCAAAUUGGAAGGACAUCGCUUUGGUGCUGUAUGUGCACGGCCAGCCUGGCUGCCCUCGUCCUUGCGACAAGGACGAGCCCAAAGGCCACUAUGUGCCCUAUGACCCAGACAAAGAGGAGAAGGACGACUUCAAGGACGGCGAAGAGAGCAAAGAGUUUGAAGAAGUUCCAGCCAAAGGCAUGGCGGCCGGUAGACACUUCGAAGGUGUUUCGAUGCUGCCCACCACCCUGGAGGUUCGGGACUCUGGAAUGCCCAGAAAUGUUAUCCGCCAUGCAGUCGAAGAUGAGUUCGAGAUGCCCUUGGCCCCAGUCAGGACGGCCGUGUUUGCCGUUUACUGUUCUCCACUCUGCACCGUGUUAAGAAGUGAUCCGGAUCUGGAUGAUGGCAGCCGUCAUAACGGCAAGAUCAGCCUCGCGGACCCUGCAGUCUCAAUAGGCUUCCGCCAUUCAACUCGCGGCACCUUCCUGCCGGCACCCUUCAAUGAAGGGAGCGUGCAGGAGCACCCUCGGACAAGGGAGGAAGAAGUGGUCUUCUAUGGAAACGGCCCCGACACCAAGAUUGGCUUGAAGCCUUGCGGCACAAUGAAUCGAUGCUCCGACGGGGGGGUGGUGAAGGAGGACCAGAUCUGCUCGGUCAACGGUGAGUCCGAAGUGGAUGUGAUGAAACAGCUGCUGAAGACCGAGUCUGAAAUCAUGCUGGAGUUUCAGCGGAGGAGAUAUGCUGAGGCGGUUGCGAAUUGA